AUGAGUCUCAAGAGAUCCCAAAAUUCCAUCGAAGAAUGCAGUACCUCUACAUCUUUAUCAACACGUAACUCACGUACUCGAAGUAAAAGUCAUCGUAAUCGUCGAGUAUAUCAAGGUCCAACGUCUUCAAUUUCAUCCUCAUCAACGUCAUGGUGUGAAAUUUCACUUCCAUUAGCUUCAGCUCCACGUACAGUUGAAAUUAUGUGGAGUGGACUCACUGCACCAGGUUUUACGUUAAAACGAAAACGUACGGGAAAUAUUCUCGUUAGUACCGUUACACAAGAGACACAAGUAGCUACAAGUCUAAAGAUUGGAAGUGAACUUCGACUUGUAGGUGGAUUUCCAGUUAAUAGUCUCACGUUACAAGAUGUGAAGAAAGUGAUGCUUUUAGCACCCAAACCUGUGAGUCUUGUGUUUAUAAACUCAGAAGAUGUGGUGAUUGAAAAUGUCAGUAUGACGAAUGAGAUUGGACAAGUUUCGAGUAUGCAAAGUCGACCAUCUACUUCUAUCUCUUCUGCAUCGACUUCAUGGUUCAGUUUACGACGUAGUAUGAGUCUCAAUACGAACUAUCGGCAUCAAGAUCAUACAGAAGAGAGUGAGAUUGAAAUUUCAACGAUAUCAGCACCAGUUUUCUAUUACAAGCGAUCGGAAAACAAUGAAUCAAAGAAACGUAAAGUUUCCAAGCUUCAGAUUGCGCUGGAUCGAUUUAAUCGAUUGUUGAAUCGUCCAGUACGACAAGCAAGUCUGCAUUCUUGUGCAGGGAAAAGUAUUGUCGUGUAA